AUGGCUGCCAUGACCCGCCAGCCAUUCGCCCCCCUCGACGGAGCCCGUCUCCAGAGCCUGACGAGCCUCAAGAACAGACAAAAUGCCUUGACUCUCUCUGGCUCCCAUGGAAAGCGCAAGGCUGAGCUGCUCGACGCCGACGACUUUGAAAACGUCGAUCCCUUCGCCUUCAAACGCUCCAAGGGAUCCAACUCCAGCUCCCCUUCCCAGGACAUUCUCAAGAAGCCCUCGGCCUUUCUCUUCACCAGCCCCUCCAAGCCCGCCUCGACGCCGCGCCGCGUCCUGCAGCCAAAGUCGCCCGUCGCCAAGCUCCACUCGGGCAUCGUCAAAUCGUCGCCCAUGUCUGCCCCUGCUGGUCGCUCUCCCACGCGCGGCAAGCGCUCCGGCAUCCUCUCCAGCCGCCGCCGCACCUCGGGCCUCUACGCCCGCGUUGAACCUCCCUCGUUCAACCUCGACGCCGCUGCUCCGUUUUCCCUCGACGCUGCCCUCAGGGCCACCAUUGCCCCCUAUGGUGCCCGUCCAUCCGUGGCCAACAGCACCAGCGUCAAGGCCACUGCCACCUCGACCCUCCAGCCCCUGGGCGAGCCCGAGAUGAAGGCCAGCUGGUUCUUUGACAUCCACGAGGACAGCCCCGAGCAGGAAAUGACCAAUCUCCUUCAGCACAGCACUUGUGUCCUCGACAUCUCGUCCGACGAGGAAAGCGAGCAAAAGGCCAGGCGCGAUCGGGACGAGGGCCGCGACAAGGAGAACAUUCCGCCCUCGGACGACGUGUCCCAGACGUCGGCCCGCAGGGCAGCCCGGCUGUCCGCCGACGACAUGCUGGUGGACAAGCAGCGCAUGGCCCUAGGCGAGAUGAACACGGCCGACUUCUACGCCGAGGGCUGCGACGAGUCGUCCGUCAUCAUUGUGCCGGGCGACGAUGAUGACGAGCCGCAAGAGCUUCGACGCGGCGCCCACGCACCGGAGCGUGCGCCUCUGGCCGGCGACUCCGAGACCGAGACGGACGCCGUCGGCAACGUCGAGCUGCUCAUGUCGUCGCCGUCGGACGGGUCGUCCAAGGCGGCUGUUCUGCAGCCCAUUGAGGGCACGGGCGAGAGCUUUGAGCUCUGGGAGAGCGGCAGCGCCAAGGACGAGACGGAAGCGCCCGCCGCCGAGUCAUGA